AUGUCGGAGCUAAUGCCCAUAAAGCCCAAGAAAUACAAAAAGAUGAAGAACGAGACGGAAGACUUCAUCAUAGCAUUCCUAUUUGACAUUGUGUUCUUUGCGAUCUGUGUGUGCAUAUGGUUAUACUUAAGAAAAAAUCGCGAUGAAAAUAAAAUAAGCGAUAACAUAUAUGUACUUAAUAACCAGACCCAUAGUGAAAUAAAGGCGGACAAGGAAUCAUCCACCGUGAAAGAGGAAGAAAGUAAUACCAAGAGAAGGAAGAGAAACCGUUUCAGAACCUUCUUAAAUAUAAAAGACGACAAAAUUGUUAAUACAGAAAUAAAGUAUUAUCUCUUUUUUUUGAAGGCAAAUAGAAACAUUAUCUUCUCACUGUGCAUUUUGGGAACCUUUCUCGUGUUGCCACUUUAUCUGUCCCUUCCAAGAAAUGAUAUUAAUAAUCCGUCGUUCUUCCACUACAUAAGUGCUGGUAGCAUCUCCGACAUCAACAUAUUGACGAUUUUGUUUUUCAUUACGAUAAUAUAUAGUGCCAUUUCGUACACUUUUAUUUAUCUGCUUUGGAAGAAAAUUCAGCCUAGCAAGAAAAAGACGAAGAAAUUUCUCCCUCAGAAUUUUACCAUCAUGGUUUCUAGAAUCGAUAAGAAUGAAAUAAAUGCAUACAAUAUUUACAAGUAUUUUUGCAAUUUGACAAAUAAUAAAGUGGUAUCUGCCUACCUCAUUUUGGAUUACUCCAUUGUCUACCAUGAGCAGAAGAAGAUUUUCAACGCCACGAAGAAUUUGAAAAUGCUCAAGGAGAAUGAGGAGAAGAAGAAUAUCAAGCGGGACAGGUCAAAGCGGUUCCUGCUGAAACUUCUCGGAAGAAAGAAAGGCUCCAAGGUGGAUCCCAAGGCGGACCCAAAAGUAGACUCCAAAGGGAAGUUCACUUCAGCCGAUUCACCCCUGCAAUUACAGGAUGGGGAGAAUGCCAACCCGGAGAGGCCCCAUCCGGGGGGAUGCACACCUACUGGUCCGCUUACAAAGGAAGGAGGCACGCCCGCACAGAACACUGCAAAGGUUGACACGGAGGAGAAAACAUACACCACAGAGAAGCACCCAAUCGAGGGGGCAGGUCGCCCCAGGGGAGAAGUGGCCCGCGAAUGGGUAAACCCGUCGGAGGAUCAGACAAGCUGCCAAAUUGGGAACACUGCGGAGGAGUGUGAAGCGAUACAUGCGGAGGAAUUAAGUCAGAAUGAGCAGAACAAGAAGAAAAAAAAGAAGAAGAAUAAACCAUGCGCCUUCGUCGACCUGGGAAGCGAUAUAGAAGGAUCCAAGUGCAACGAGGACGGAGAAGCGUACUAUGGACAAACGAUAGGGGAGAAUGUGGCAGCCGCGAAUCUGACAAAAGAAGUCUGCAAGAGAAGAAACAAGAGGUCAGAAAUGAACGGAGAAGAGAAGGCGGAAGAACAGAAGGAAGACGGUAGAAGAAGGAAAGGAAGUCGAAUGAAAAACCAAGCCAGUUUCCUAAAAGAUACCAGUGAUGAAGACGACCAUGUACAAAGCACCAAAAUGAAGAAGAAAAAAAAUUCAAACAAAAAUUACACAUACAAACUAGACAUUGAAGAUGAAAAUCUGAUGAGUAACAACAACGAAAUGUUGUUCUACGAUUUGGAGAAUUUAUCCACCAAGGAAAAUGAUAACCUGGACUUAAAUUACCAAAAAAAAAAUAGAUACAGAUCCGAGUCAAAAAGAAAUAUAUUCCAUAAAUUAUUCUUCUUUUUUAAGAAAAAUAAAAAAAGUCACUGGAAAAAAAAACUUAAAGAACACCUGAUUAAAUUUUAUUCCAUAAAAAAUGAAACUCCUAAAAAGUCCACGGGGGUCUGCUUCGUCUCAUUUAUCGACACCAAGUCUGUCCAUGACUGCAUUCAUAACAUCCCCUUCACGGGAAGGAGCAAGUGGAUCAUAUCAAAUGCCCCUCCCAAUUAUGACAUUAUAUGGAAGAAUUUGAAAAAUCACAGCUACAAGGUCUGUGCGCGUUUUAUUAUACUUAAUGCCCUCCUGCUGCUCGCCAACACGAUUAUCAUUUUGACCGUCACAUCUAUUGACAACAUCCUGAAGCUGAAGAUUAAGAGAUACCGCCAGGAGGACCCCAGCUCCGGCAACCUCAGCGCCAUUCUCAUAACUUGGCUCUCCCCCUUCAUCGUCAUCUUGGUUAACAGUAUCAUCCAGCCGGCCCUAAUCGCCUGCGUUUCCAUCGCCAUUGGGUUCAUAAGGAAGUCCAGCGAACACACCUAUGUGCUGCAGGGGAACUUUAUCUUCUUAAUUCUGAACACGAUUAUUAUUCCCCUCUUGUCGUUGUCUCCGCUCAGUUCGCUCAUAAAGGUUAUGUAUUCGGACGAAAUAGGCCAGUGGUCCACCCGCCUGGGGGCCUACCUUUUCAACUCCAGUGGGUUCUUCGCAAUGAGAUAUUUGCUUCACUGCUGCUUCCUCACGUGUGCAAAUCAGUUGCUUCAGAUUCCGCAGUUUUCAAUUCGAUCUAUCGUCAAAACGGUGACGAAGAAGGAAACAAGUCCAUGGACUUUUGAUUUUGGUUACUGGUACGGAUUCAACACCACCAUUUUGGCCCUGAUAUUGACCUUUAGUGUCGCUGUCCCUUUCAUCCUCCCGCUCGGCUCGCUAUACUUCUUUUUCCGCUACCACAUAGACAAAUACAAUCUGAUAUAUGAAAUAUGCCGAACCAAUUUGGACAGCCAUGGAGCUAUCAUAAGGACGGCCAUUAAGUUUAUGCUUUUUUCUGUGGCCUUCUUUCAACUCGUCAUGUUCACCUUCUUCUCGCGGGUGCAAAACAAAUUCCUUUCCGUGGGAAGGAACAUCCUCUUUUUGUCUUCAUCCCUCACAACGCUACUUGUGCUGUGCCGAUCGACGGAAUGGGUAAGCACAAACCACAUAAAGAGGAAGAAAGGGAAAAGGACGUUUUGUUACCUUUGUGAGAAAAACGUGUAUGUGAGUAAUUUGAAGGACUUGAAUAAAUUGAAGUACGCCUAUGCCAACCCCUACGAAGCGAAGCGAUGA